AUGGUCAAAACUUCCGUUCUCAACGAUACCCUCAACGCCAUCAACAAUGCCGAGAAGGCCGGUAAGAGGCAGGUCCUCAUCAGGCCUUCGUCUAAGGUCAUCGUCAAGUUCUUGAGCGUUAUGCAGAAGCACGGAUACAUCGGCGAGUUUGAGGAGGUCGAUGACCACCGCUCCGGAAAGAUCGUCAUCCAGCUCAACGGACGUAUCAACAAGACUGGAUGCAUUUCUCCCCGCUACCCGGUCAAGAUCACCGAUUUCGAGAAGUGGGUUGUGAGGCUCUUGCCUUCCCGUCAAUUCGGAUACAUUGUCUUGACCACCUCUGCCGGUAUCAUGGACCACGAGGAGGCCAGGCGUAAGCACGUUGCCGGAAAGAUCAUUGGAUUCUUCUACUAA